AUGCAUAGUCCUCUCUUUACUCCAUAUGUCUUUUCAGAAUGCAUAAGUGCAGUAAUGGAAGAUCUUGUUACAUCAAACAACUCAUUAAUGCAGCAGAUGGGCAAGGACAAUUACAGUUGGGCUUCAACAAUUACUUCAUCUAUGGUCAGAAAGCAGAGCACUGUAACACCUCCUGCAGAAGUUAACACUUCACUAUCUGUACUAGUGGGUACAAAGGCUGUGCUCUCUUGCCCACUUGCGCUGCGGACAAGUAUGCUGCUAACAACAUGGGAAAUAGUUCUCAGGGACAAGUUGCCCUGCUUCAGAGCCUUCAGGGGUGAUACAAAUGAGACCAAGGGAGGAAACUGUACCGACGAGAGAAUAACCUGGGCCUCCAGACUUGACGAGAAUCCUGCCCUUCAGAUUGAUCCAGUGGCCGUCACUCAUGAUGGGUAUUACAGUUGUCAAAUGGUAACACCUAAUGGGAAUUUCCAUCGUGGAUAUCACCUCCAAGUGUUAGUGCCCCCUGAGGUGACCCUGGUUCAAACUGAGAAUGGAACUACAGUGUGCAAGGCAGUUGCAGGGAAACCAGCUGCACAGAUCUCCUGGACCCCAGAGGGAGAUUGUGGCAUUGAGCAAAAACAUCACUGGGGCAAUGGCACAGUGACCAUCCAGAGUACAUGCUACUGGGAGGGCCGCCAUGUACCUAAUGUGUCCUGCUUUGUCUCCCACUUGACUGGCAACAAGAGUCUGUCCAUAGAGCUGGAUCAAGAUGCCAAAACAUCAGCACCUUUAAGAAUUUUACCUAUCGUCCCCCCUAUUUUUAUUAUCUUGGUCAUCGUUGGAUCCAUUUGGCUUUUGAAAAUCAGUGGCUGCAGAAAAUGUAAAUUGAAAAAAACAGAACAUACUUCAGUUGUUGAGGAGGAUGAAAUGCAGCCCUAUGCCAGCUACACAGAGAAGAACAAUCCACUUUAUGAUACUACAAACAGGGUGAAGAUGUCUAAGUUGUUACAAAGUGAAGUUGAUGGGAUGAGUCUCCAUACUGUAUAUGUUCCUGAAGUGUAG